ACGCUCAGAAGUCUCCCGUCAAUUAGAGUGUAAAAACGUUACGCUCCACAACAUAACGGUAUAAUAAAACGAAACCAAACGCAGCGCCGCCGUCAUCAGCGACAUCCGUUCGCAGGAUACAACCAAAAUAAUACAUACAUAUACAUACAUACUCGUACAUACAGCAACAGCCCCAGCCACAGCAAACGGCAAUAACUCUACAAACAACGAGGACGCACUUGACAACGAAACGUAAAAGAAAACUAAACGAAACGUGGAAAUUCUAUAUAAUUUAUAUACAUUCAUAUGUAUGCGAAAACUGAAGGUUUUCGCCAUCAAUUGAGGAUUCACAAGUGCAAUGUGAAAGUCAGCCUUAUACGACAGCUGAAUGUGCCCCCAAGUGUGUGUGUUUGUGUGUGCGCGGGUGAGUGAGUGGUAGAGUGUGCCUGUGUGUGUGUGUGUGAGUGGGAGCGUGUGUAAUGUAAAUACCACGAAAAUCGCUGAAAGCCGAAAAAUAAAACCAGAGCAAGAAGCAGACCAGACCAGACCAAAGGCAGAAAUCAGCAAAGACGACGUCGAAAGACGUUGGUGGGACGGCACUGUAAGCGGAGACGGAGGCAGAGAAACGGAACUUGCCCAGAAAGAGCAACAGAAACCGAAACAGAAACAGAGCGAUAGCAGCAGCAGCACCAGGAGCAGCAGCAGCACUAGCAGAGGCCGAGCAACAGUCGCUGAGGCAACGUCGAGACGCAUGCACGCUAAAUGCUCGCCGCUGGCUGAUGGCCAAACUCGGAAUCGGAAUCAGAACCAGCAACGAAACUGGGAGCCCAGUUUGAACUGAGGUGCCACCCAUCAUAACCCACAUCGCCACAGAAAAGAGGAGCACAUAUCAGGCAUUGCGAGCCAUUGAGCACACCUGUGGACCACUGCCAACCCAACCGAAGAGAGAGGAGAGCAAGGAGAGCAUCAUGUCCACUUCAAAGCAUCAACAUCAUCAUUAUCGAGCGGGGUUCGUGUGGCUCCUGCUCCUCUCGACAGCCAGCGCCACCGUCAGUGCCAUUGUGGAGCCAGAGGAGGCGGCCUUUCAAGGUCACUGCGGCCACACCAGUCCCUGCGAGCAGCUCUGCUAUGAGAUCCACGACGGGAUGUACGAGUGCGACUGCAUCGAGGGCUAUGAGCUGAGCAAGAACGGUUACAGCUGUCAAGUUAUUAAUUCGACGGGAAAUGGAUCCGAUGGCCAUGGCAAGUCCGACGAGGAUGUCCUCUAUCAGAAGGGAGCCUCGUUCAGCGCCAAGCUGGCCAACGAUGACAGCAAACUGAUGUCCCAGGCGGCGUAUGGCGGAGGAGCUGGCCCAGGUGCCAGUGGCAAUGGGAACGGGAACGGGAACGGAGUAGAUGAGUCCGACUCGGAUGGCGAUAGCUACGACUACAGCGAGGGCGAUGACAGCAGUUCGAGGCUGCAGGAGCAGCAGGAAGAGCAGCAACAGAAAGUCAAUUCAAACGAUUAUUACAUAUCAGCGGAGAGCAUCAAUUUCAAUUCGGAGGGCGAUGGCCCCGAGCCGGAUGUGGCCGAUUUUAAGGUGGCCAGCACGGCGAGCACAACCACAAUCAGAACCACCGCAGCGCCUAAGACCACAACCACCACCACCCGCAGCACCACCACCACAACAGGAGCCGCCCCAACCACAGCCAGUGACAGCCAGAACCAACUGGAUGUGGACUAUGGGCAGGGCAACGGUGGUGCGGAUGGGGAUGGUGGGGAUGACUACUAUAGCUACAAGUCCGACAUGUCCAUCUACGACGAUGUCAACAAUAAUCAAUUAAACUUAAGACGCAACAGCAACAGCAACAGCAAAUCGCAAACAUAUCAGACGACAAGCAAUACGAACAAGAACAACAACAAAAACAACAAAAACAACAAGAAGAACAAGAACAAGAACCGCAAGACCAACAGCAAGGUUCAAAUGCAUAUCACGCGGGUGUACCCCAAUCGGAACAACAUAUCAGGAACGAAUGUGGAAAUGGGAGCAGUUACAGGAGCAGUGGCAGUGGCAGUGGCAGCGACCAGCACUAGUACCAGUUGCAAUCUGGAUUGUGGAGCCGAUGGCAUCUGCGCCUUGGAGGCAACCGCCGCCAGCUCCCGCUGUCUUUGUCCCUUUGGCAAGACGGGCAAUGGCUGCAAGGAUGAUAUACGGGCACAUGUGCCGCGCUUUGCCAAGCGCUCCUGGCUGGCAUUUGCCGCACUUCACGGGGCUUACAAGCAUGUCCAGCUGCGUCUGGAGUUCCGUCCAGAGUCCUUUGACGGCAUCAUAUUGCUGAGCGGCGAACGGGACGAUCUGACUGGGGAUUUCAUGGCCCUGCUGCUUAAUAAGGGAUUCGUGGAGUUCUGGUUCGACUGCGGCUCGGGCGUUGGCAGCGUACGAUCGCGGGAGACCAUCAUGCUGAACGAAUGGAACUCGGUGAUCAUCUACCGCCAUCGCUGGGAUGCCUGGCUGGUGCUCAAUCACGGCACCAAGGUCCAGGGCAGAUCGAAUGGCCUAUUCUCGCGCAUCACCUUCCGUGAGCCUGUCUUCCUGGGUGGCAUAGGCAACAUCACGGGCCUGGCCAAGCGCCUGCCACUGGCCGAGGGAUUCUCCGGCUGCAUUCGACGCUUUGUGGCCAACGAGCACGACUACAAGUUCACCGAGCAUCCGCUGGGCGAUGUCACCAAUGGCUUCGAUAUACAGGACUGCUCCACGGACAAGUGUGUGCGCUAUCCCUGCCAGCACGGCGGCAAGUGCCUGCCCUCGGACCAGGGAGCCGUCUGCCUCUGUCCCAUUGGUUAUGUCGGAGAUCUUUGCGAGAUUCGCAUGGAUCUGCAGGUGCCCGCCUUCAAUGGCUCGUCGUUCCUUCGGUAUGCGCCACUCGGCGACAGCGCACUGAUCUGGCUGGAGCUGAAGGUUAUCCUGAAGCCGGAACAGGCGGAUGGCCUCAUCCUGUACUCGGGCCCGGAGCAGCGAGGCGACUUCAUUGCCCUGUAUCUGAACGAUGGCUUUGUGGAGUUUGCCUUUGACUUGGGAAGUGGACCAGCCGUGGUGCGGAGUGAGUACUCUCUCAACAUGGGCCAGUGGCACACCAUCAAGAUCUCUCGGACUGCUCGCUUGGCAGUGCUCAAGAUCGAUCAGCACCAGGAGGUCAUGACCAUCUCCUCGAAUGGCUUCUGGCACUUGUCCCUGGAGCAGAAUCUCUUUGUGGGCGGCGUCAACCAUGUGGACCGCCUGCCGCUGGACCUCAAGUACAAGCCCUUCUUUGUGGGCUGCAUUCAAAGGAUUGAUAUCAAUGGCCACUCGCUGGGCAUUGUGUCUGAGGCACUGGGGGGCAGCAACAUUGGCAACUGCCCCCACGCCUGUGUGGCCCGGCCGUGCGGACCCCUGGCGGAGUGUGUGCCGCAGAUGGAGAGCUACGAGUGCCGCUGCAGCAUCUACAACGAGCGCUGCAACAAGGCAGCCGAAGUGCCGCCCGAACUGCUGCCGGAGCUGGCUCUCCACAAGUCCAAGGUUCUCGAGACCAAGCACAACAGAGAUGGAGACGUAGACGAAGAAAGAGAAAGGGAGAGGGAAAGGGAGGAGGCCGUGCCCAAGAAAGUCUCGGUGCUGGCGCACAAGAAGCACUCGAAGAAGCGCAAGAAUUUGCAUAAGCCAACUGCCACCACCAUCGCUGCCACAAGCACCACAAGCACAAGCACAACCACAGCUAAGCCCCACCCCACAGCCCCACGGGCGACGGAUGAUGAGGCAGCCGCAGCAGGGGCUCUAAGCAAUGAGGAAAUCGAAGAUGAUAUCAUAUUCCGCUUUGUGCAGCAGCAGCAGGAGCAGCAGGAGCAGGAGCAGCCGCAGCAGCUGACGCCAGGGAAGAGACAGCCGCAGACUCCUUCACCUCCUGCUGCACAUCCACAUUCACAGGCACCCCCAACUUCAGCUCCAGCUCCAGCUCUGGCCAUGGCCAAGCACUCGAGCAAGCAUCAAGUGAGCAAGCACGAGCACCACCAGAAGCCCAACGCAGCCUUUGCCCACAAGCUGAGCCGCCUGCCCACCCACUAUGAAAGUUUCCAGACGAAUCCGGACAGCGACAUUCUCACCUUUGAGGACAACAACGACUGGGUGGCCAGCCUGCAGCAGCAGGAGUACGCCGAUGCAAUGGCAACCAGCAGCCAGAACACACAGGACAGCCAGGAGAGCCAGGGUGGUGCGGUUGCGGGUCCGGGUACGUCGGGGGAGGACGACAGCAAUGCCUUUGUCUUUGACGAGUCCCUGUUCGAUGCCUCGGACGGGACCGAGGACUAUCAGAGGAAGCAGCUGAACGAGGACAUGAAGCGCAUCAUGUCCAACUCGAAUACGCACAGCAGCCACAAAAAGGCGGGGCCCGAAGCACAGGCAGCACCGGCGCCCAGCGGGGCUUCCUCAAGCGAGACAGCGCAGUACAGGGACGACUACAAGGACGACGACGACGACCACGACGAACUGCUGUCGCCAGUGCUACAUUCAGAGCUGGAAGUUCAUCUAGAGAGCCAUGCCCCCACCACGCCACAGACCCACACGGACUGGAGCCUGCUGAAGAAGUUCGACCUCUCCGCGGAGCAUCAGUCGCAGGUGCAGGGAGUGCGCAAGAACUUUGGGGCCUGCUUCGCCGGCGCCGACAGCUAUUUCCACUACAACGAUGCGGACACCAUGAGCCAGGUCAUCAGCUACAACAUUGAUCUCAACCUGCGCAUCAAGACGCACUCGGAGAACGGCGUCAUACUGUGGACGGGCCGGCAGGGAACGACGGAGGAGCACGACGACUAUUUGUCGCUGGGCAUUGAGAAGGGAUACUUGCACUUCCGCUACGAUUUGGGCUCUGGGGAGGUGGACAUUCGCUUCAAUGGCACCAAGGUCAGCGAUGGCCUGUGGCAUCGAGUGAGAGCCAUAAGGAACUCACAGGAGGGUUAUCUAGAGGUCGAUGGCCGCAAAACGUCCACGCAGCGAGCUCCUGGCAAACUGCGUCAACUAAAUACAGAUACUGGCCUAUAUGUUGGUGGAAUGCCGGAUGUGGGAUAUUUUACGCAUCGGCGCUACUAUAGCGGCAUCGUGGGCUGCAUAUCGGAGAUUGUGUUGGCUGGCGAGAUGAAGCUGAACUUUGACCCGAGCACCCUGGGAACGGAGCACAACGUGGAGACAGGCCUACUAUGAAACGCUGCACUAACGCCUCAAGACUUUUGAUAUCGAAUAGUUUAAAUGUUAUGUUAAUUACACAAAUGUCCUUUGUCGAUUUGUGUUUGUACAAAAAUACGCUUUUAAAAAACAAAACAGAAGGGUAGACGCUGAGGUUGAGGUUGAAGGGAAGAGCAUUUUUUUACACCAAGAGGAAAGGAGAUGAGUGGUGAGGAGAGGAGUGGAGUGGAGAUGGAAGAUAAGGAGUAUCGAAACUAAAUCUAGAGUGGAAAACAUACUACAUACAUAUUAUAUACAAACGUAUUGAGUAUAUAUACAAUAGCAUACAUACAUAUACAUAUACAUAUA